AUGGCCUUUUGCACUGAAAGGCACUAGUAUUCAACCUAGUGAGGAUAGAUAGCAAAGGCAGGUUGAGAGACUGGGCCAUCUUUCAUUGCUAGGUUGAAUACUAGUGCCGACGGAUUGAAUACUAGUGCCAAAAACCGUCGCCGUAUAAUUAGAUCGGCGCCGCCCGCGCACACAGUCGACUGAAGAAUAACCAGCAUUUGCUCUUGGAAAUAAGAUGGGUCUGAAAUUCAGGUUAAUUUUAUAUUUCUAUAUAUUUGAGGAAACUCUCCAAAUGGGUUGAAUACUAGUGCCCUUACGGUAUUUGAUAUACGAUAAAACAGCAAUGUGGAUAAAAUACCUUGCUCAAGGGCAAAUGUGCCGAGCCGGGACCGAUCCUCGGAUCUCCGAUCCAACGCCUUUUACCACUCGACCACGGCACAAACAACUCUGCACAAACAGAUAUGCUGCCCCCAACGUCCGCAAAUGUAAACCAGCUGACAACAAAAAUGACCGACGGACUCGACCACCGGCGGUGUCGGUGAACUGAGAGAUAUUUCUUCAGAAUUCCACUACAGUCUACACCUGGCCUGUAUUGAGACCAAUAGCAUUUCGUUACUAUGCACUUACUGCGUAAAAAAAUGUGUAUACUGUGUGUGAAUAACAGGAGCUGGUUUCUACAAGGUAGACUCGUACAUCACUAACCAUUCAUUCAUCAUCCAACAGUAUGCAAAUUUCAGUCAAGGAAUUGUGGAUAAAUCAGUGGAAUGAGAGAGUCUUCUACAUGCAAUCAGUGCUAUAAUAGGAAUGAACAUCAAUGUGUGAAAAAUAAAAUUAAACAUAUGUACAGACCGUAUGGUGAGAAUUUCAAUUUCAAUAAAAUGUACUGGUACAAAUACUCCAUAGUGCAUUUUAAGCUAGCUGGAUUUGCAAUUGCUGUAUGAAUUAGGAUUUUAACUUGAGAACUAGCAGCUGAGUGUGUGAUGAAAGUUUAUCAUUCUGUUCUGAAGAAAGGUCUUAAAAAUUUGUGGUGGAGUCCAGGAUUGUUCAACCUGCUGGCCAAAAUUUCAUUGCUGUCGCUUCAAGUCAAUUGGGAUUCUGCAGAUAUAAUAUUGGAGUUGGACCAGACCUUCACACCAUGAUAAAUACGUAUUGAGCCGCAGAAAAUUGAAUUCAAUUCAUAUUGUAGUAUCUUUAUGAAAUAUCAUUAUCAAUCGCAAAAAUGGGAAAUCAAGGCAGAACUCGGAGGUCAUGGUACAAGGUACCUCCAAUCUUGUCAAAACGGUUUGGAAUCAUUGCAUUCCUUACCAUGAUACUCUGGACAUAUACCCUAUUUACGUUUGCUCUGUAUCGGACAGAGCCUAAUGUUCCAGAGAGUGUAAAACUCAAACAGCAAAUACUAGAAUUGAGCAAACAAUAUGUUAAAGCACUGGCUGAUGAACAACAGGAAGGGAAAAAUUUGCCCGAAGCUUAUUCAAGUUAUGACCUUAAAAAAACUAUGGCAGUGCUGCUGGACAGCAUAUUAGAGAGACUAGGAAAGUUAGAGAAACGAGUGGACAGUGCAAUCAGCAAUGGAACACAGAAUCUCCUACGUAAUUCUUCAGGUGUUCAUCAGGAUGUAGACAAGGAUAGAAAUGGUGUAGAGUCAAAGGAAGCAGUAAUCAAGGCAAAAGGGGAGCUUGAAGCAGAUCAGAAUUCUACCAUGUCAACGAUGAUACAUAAGUUUGUUGGUGGUGUAUUGUUUGAAUUAAUUGGAGAAGGUGCAGAUUGUUCUCUUACAGAAGCUGAACUGAAUGGAUUCUCCAGCUGUAAAGCAAAGAUAGCGUGGAUGAGGGACAUGUGGCGAUCUGAUACAUGUUAUGCACAGUAUGGAGUUGACGGUACAGAAUGUUCAUUCAGGGUUUAUCUCAGUGAGGUUGAAAACUGGUGCCCAAGAGUAAAGGGCAGAGAAAUUGAUCCGCCCAGUAUAAUUCUUCGGGACUAUGAAAAGGCGAAGAUCCGGUUAGAGAAACAAGGUCUGUUCAAUCUGAUGCAGGAACCUACCAAGUUCCGUUGGAUUAAGAUGAGGAUAUCAAGGAUGUGGGAUUCUAUGUGGGUACCUGCGGCAGAAGAAUUCAGCAAACUACAAGGAGACAAAAUCAGGGAAAGAAAGAAGAUCUUGGUUCAUAUUGGUGCAUUGACGAAGGAAUCUGGCUUCAAGAUUGCAGACAAUGCCUUCAACGGGGGUCCUUUAGGUGAGCUGGUUCAAUGGAGUGACAUCCUAUCCACACUCUACAUUCUGGGUCAUGACAUUGAGAUAUCUACUGCAACUGGCACACUCGGAAAUCUCUUAAGAAGGAAAGGGUUAACAAGCAAAGCCAGCUGUCCAGUGAAAGGGAAGAACCAAUAUGAUCUAGUCUACAUUGAUAUCGUUGGAAUGAAACAGCUUAAGAAGACUAUUGGAGCACAGUGGCAACAAUUCAGUUGUAUUCUCAGGGUUAUAGACUCAUUUGGAACAGAACCAGCCUACAAUGUGGAUACUUAUAUUAAAAAGGCUGGUACAAAGUCCAGCUGGGGCAAUUGGAAUCUAGUACCAAGGCAGUUUUUCACCAUGUUUCCUCAUACACCAGAUAAUUCAUUCAUGGGUUUUGUAGUGGACCAUCAGAUAGACGUAGCUAAAACAGAGUCUUCCUCUCAGAGAACAAACCGUGCCCUCGUCUACGGAAAAAGUGCUUCAUUUUGGACUGAGCCUUGGAUUAGGAAAUACUUGGACAAGAUUCACAAGAAAUUUGAGAUUCAUGGCACUGUAUUCCUGAACCAAAGCACAUCCACAAUGAAGAGUGUUAUACCUGACUAUGUGGUAAACCACGGCAUUGUAUCUGGUUCAGAGAUACAGAAUUUGUUAAAAGAAACAAAGUUAUUUAUUGGUCUUGGCUUUCCUUAUGAGGGUCCUGCUCCACUGGAAGCUGUAGCUAAUGGCUGUGUCUUUCUCAACCCCAAAUUCACUCCUCCUAAAAAUUCUAAAAAUACUAAAUUUUUCACAGGAAAGCCAACAGCUAGAGCGCUUACAUCCCAACACCCUUACACCGAAGUGUACAUUGGACAGCCUCAUGUGUGGACAGUAGAUGUAUUGGGUGAUGAGUUGGAUGUAGCACUGGAGAAGAUAGCAGCCAUGAAGAACACUACAUCAUAUCUACCCUUUGAAUUCACAUGUCAUGGAAUGUUAGAGAGAGUCAGUAGUUAUAUCCAAAAGCAGGAGUUUUGUACUGGAGAAAAGCAGUGGCCACCAUUGUCAUCUUUACAGGUCAAGGUUUCUGAGAAAGGACAGUCAUGUAGGGAAAGAUGCAUGGAAGAUGAUCUUGUCUGUGAACCUGGAUUCUUCAAGCAAUUAAAUAACAAAGAAAGUAUUGAAAAUGUUACUUCAUCAAAGUGUUCUGGUUCAUCAGCUGUUGAGGAGAUCUAUGCUCCAUCCAUAGAGUCUACAAUCCUUGCAACUAGAUGCUACACACAAGCCCACCAUCUCCUAUACAGCUGCGCUGGCGGUGGAUCUAACCAUAAGAGAUUGUGUCCAUGUAGGGAUUAUAUUAAGGGCCAGGUGGCACUAUGUCGGGAAUGCAGGGAAUCAUGAGAUAUGUUGAAUUCCCAACCUCAAUCUAGGGUAUAUUGAUUAGAUGUUAUGCUAUAAGUCUAAUUAUAUUUAUCUUUUUAAACAACAUAUACUUGAGCUUUCCAAUGGUUAUUACUACUACUGAAAUACUUUAGGAGUAGGACUUGCUCUUAAAGAAUGAUAGAAGAUAACGUUUCUCCAUUUUUAUAGUACUCACAUGAGAAUGAAUCAAAUUGAUUUAUGAGGCAAAUAACAAAAAAUCAAAUAAAUAUUUGCAUAAAUUGUGACAAACACUUAAAAAUAAAAAAUACAAUUUUUACCCAAGUGAGUGCAGAGUAGCAUUCUCUAAACUGCAGUGAAUUUUCUGUUUUAUAGGGAUAUAAAAUGACCACAAUCAAACUUAUCAUUUUUGUCUCACCUGCGAAGCAAAGUGAGACUAUAGGCGCCGCUUUUCCGACGG